AUGGUUCAGACACGUCGUCAAAUCCAAAACAUCAAGAAAACCGGGAUAAAUGAUAAAUCAGAGGAGCAGCGCGGCCGAGAAGCUGGCCAUGAUUUCGGAGGAAGCGAUCGUCGCGUAAAGAAACUAAAAGUCGAUAUGACAGAUGCGACUUCACCGAAUUCAGAGAAACAAGAAGUUUCUCUUGACAAGAACAUUACCAUUGCUGCUGAUAAUAUAGCUCAUUUGGAAUUCUCUUCUUCGCCGAAUUCUGUAGCUGUUGGUUCAGAAACUCGACAACAUAUUGUUAAAGGGGGUAUUGAUGGCAACAACGAUAAGAUUGAUGGUAAUAAUAAUGUUUCUACUAACUCUAGAGGUGGAUUUAUUGUAGACGCAUCUACUGAAAGCUCUGGUUUCGGGGUUAAUAGUAAUAGUAGUGAUGGUGGCUUUAUAAUGAAACAAAACACUUCAUAUACGAAUCCAUUUCAAACAGGCACAGUAUCAAAGUAUUUUGCCGGUUCUACAAAGACUGCAUCUUCAUUAUG